GGUCUGCGUUGCUCCUGAGCUGUGAACAUCUGCUCGUGGACGUUUACGCUUUUCGAUGCAACUUUAUCAUUUUAGAUACAAAAAAAAAAAAUCACCAUUCUUUUUUUUUGUGCAAGAGACGCUCGGAUGCGGCGCUCGUCACUCUGUCGCCAUAGCAACGUCCACCCAACAGACCGACAGACCGGCGCCUUCGUCCUCACGAUCACCGCAACAUUAAACGCUAACGGGUUCUGCUAAAAACGCGUGUUCGGGCUUCUAUCAAUAUGGAGAAAGUUGAUAUGGAUCCAGAAGAGGAGUCUGAACCUGCUCUCUUAGCCGAAAACCAAGAGCCCGCGAGCACAGUCUCCACACAGGAUAUUGAAGAAGACCCCAAUACGCAGACCCAUGAGAAGUUUAAUGAGGCUCCUUCAGAGAGCCAGGAGGAGGUGGGAGAGGAAAGUGAAAAGCUAAUCCUUCCUCAAAGGAUGAUCAACCUGCAGAGAGAUUUGACGACGUCAGUGAGCAACAACCAAACCGCCGCUGACGCCAAAGAGUCCAUGCGCAGAAACGAGCUGGAGGAAUCAAGGAAGAUUCGGUCCGAGCGGCUCAAGAAUAAUGUAAAAUCCAGCGAGAAAAUAUUUCAGGAAAUCACCACAGGCUGGUCCAAGGCGAAGCAGAAGGUGAUCCCUCAGGAGCUCCAAGAGGCCCUAAACAACCAGCAGCAGCUAUGUGCUGCUAUCAUAAAAGACAAGAAAAAACUUCUGAAUGACCUGCAACAGGAGCUGAAAGUGAGAAAUGAUCAAUUUGUAAAGGACCUGAGGAAGCAGGAAGAGAAUCUGGACCUGACUAUGGAGAGUUUUGAGAAUGAGAUCCAAACUCUGACUCUGUCCUACAAGGAGGAGCUGGCCCAUAUUUUGGGAGUCAAUCAGCAGGCGACAGAAGUAUUUCUUACAAAAGAGCAGACUGACUGGCAACAACGCUUGAAGUUACUUAGUGACCAAGAGCAUGGAUGGUUGAUGCAGUGGAAGAAAACCAUGGAGGAGUGCGAAGCAAAUGUUCACAGUCAGAUAUGGGCGACUGUUGAAAAGGACAGUAACAUGACAGAACUGAAUGCAGCUUCUCAGGCUCAGAAGAGAAAAAAACAAAAGAUGAAGGCGAAAAAAGAGGUCACCGCUUUACAAUCGGCGGUGCCAGAGGUUACGCCGGUGGAGCUCAGACGAGAUCUGAACCGCAUGGAGAAAAGGGUCGGCAGUCUGCAGAAAGAGAUUAAAACCCUCCGUGGUAGUUCCUCCACGCAGAAACAAGAGUUUCAAAAAACCACCCUGAGCAUGUCUAAGGACCACAAACGCAGCAUCGAGAAAUAUGAAAACGUCAAGAGGAGGAUCAAGCACUUUGCACUCGCUGAUGCCAGACAGUACGAGGACAUGUGGCUCACGGUCGACGAGGAGGUGAGGCAACUGGCGGACAGGGCUUUGGCCAUUGACUCGCAGAUCUGCGAGCUGGUCCUGGGUAUCUCCUGGGAGCGACCUCCCAUGGAAUUCAUGGAGCUCUCGGGUCCCAGGCGGCCUCAGGAAGGGGCGGGGCUGCUUCACGCCGGGGGGCGAGCUCCGCUGUGCGGUCAGAGGACGACGGACCUCUCAGUCGGGCCGAGGGCCGAGGCCGGCACCGAGAGCCGAGGGGAAACCGCGCGGGGCGAGGGGGACGCCGAGGCGGAGGAAGGGAAGAUCUCGGCGGCGACGCUGAAAAAAGUGCUGGAGCUGCUGUGUGACAAGGCGGGCUUCCUGGUGGAGAAUAAACUGCUGAACCUGCUGGCUCCCCUGGAGGAGGAGGAACAGACCGUUGUGAAGCUGGCCUCUCUGCUUUGUACGUUCGGCCUUGAAGAGGAGGACGUGCCCAAGUUGGCGGAGUUCUUAUUGAAGUACAAACCUCAGCAGAAAGAUCAGACUGAGGAUGUUUGCGUUGAGUCGGGCGAAUCCAGCGUCAAGGCAGAGGGAGCGGAGACCGAGUCUGCGACUCAUUUGACCUCUGAACUCAUCGAUCCUAACCAUGUCAUGCCUGCUCUAAAAGUGUUCCUCGAGCAGCACUUGAGGUCCAGGGAGAGCUCAGCCCGCCUGAAUGAAAUAUCCUGCGACCCUUUAGACGACGAAGCCUACUGGGAAAGAAUGGGCAAUAUAAUCCCUGAAGACAGAGUGAAACUCUGGGAGCCCGCAGAGAAAUCACUAAAGCAGCACCUGGCGGUCCUGAAAGACAUCUCGGAGGUCGUCCCUGAGAUUCAGAGUUUGGAGAAGGAGAACAGAGAGCUGCGGAUGUUGCUGCAACAGCAUUUCCCAUAGCUGUAGUAUAGAAAACAGUAUGGCUGAUGCUUUAACAGUUGAUAUUCCCUGUAGCUUUUAUUUUCAAAUGUAAACUAUAUAGUUAGUGCAAUACUAUGGGUUUUAUUCAGUUGUGUUAUUGUGUUAUACUUAUGAGCAAGCAGACUACUUUUUAUAUCACAUUACACAUUUUGUUGGCCUACUUUGAUAUGAAUGGCCUUCUAUGUUUUCACAUAAUAUACAAUUACAUUUUACUGAUGUACUAUAAUCACAAAACAUAUUGCCAUUUUUUUAAAAGCUUUUAUGACAACAUACCCUAUGAUUGUUUAUAGAAGUACCAAACUAAAACUGACAUUCAACACUACAUAUAUUCUGUAACAGGCUACCCUAUUUUGAAGAUCAUAUAACCUUUUUAAACAAACAACAUUUUUUCCAAAUAAAACGAUACUGAAACUUAGAUGUGCCAUGAAAAUUAAGUGUUUGAUGUGUGUGAAAUAGUUUGACUGAUAAAAACAAACAUUUGGGUCUGUGACGAAGGGCAGCCGAUCGUAAUAAAAUAGCUGAACUUGAGACCCUCAACCAGGUGAAAAUGAGGAACAUGCACUGUAUUCUCAAUAAGGGCCAGCAUCAGUGGAGUUAUUGGAGUAAUUAGUGGAGACUAAUUAUUAAAGCAAAGCGCUGUAGCAUGCUGACCAAAGCUGUAACAUGUUUGAAUGCAUCAGUAGUGAAAGGGGAGGUUAGUUUCUGCACCAGAGAAAUUCUGUUAUGUUGCAGGUUCCUUCCAAUCUAUUCGCCUUCUCACAAGUAUUCACUCAACAAGAUGCUUUUGAGAACAUCAAAAAUACUUUUUGGGAAUAAAGAUUCUGUUUCCUAUUUAGAAUAGAAGAGGGUUCAGUGGCCCAAAUAGAGUACAGGUCUCAUUCAUUUAUCAUGUCCUAUGAUUUCUUUAUUUCCUCCUCUGUCUUCCGACUGCCCUCCACUGGAGUUAUUUAUACAUUAUUCCCUCCCCCUGUCACCGUCCCUCCCUUCAGCCUCCUGUUGCUCUCCUCCCUCUCUGAUUCUCUCUCCAUCCCACCGUUCCUUCUUCUCUGAGGUGAGCAAUAUUCUCAGGAAGGGGUCACAUGUACACCAAGCAAAUAAAAACACUGUUAUCAUUCAAA